GGAAGCCCACAUCGUUAAACGACUGACGUGGCAAGAUCAACGGGGGCUUUUGUUUUUUAUGAGCAGUUGAGCACCGAUGCCAAGAAGAAAAUGUAAAAGGAACAACUGAACAACAACAGCGAGCUCUGUCGACAGACUGAAAGCGAGAAGCGGAAGAAGACGAUGGCGUGGAGCGCGACGAUGAUCGGAGCCCUGCUGGGAGUGGGCACCCAGAUGUACUCCAAUGCUCUGAGAAAGCUACCCUAUAUGCGCCAUCCGUGGGAGCAUGUCGUCGGAAUGGGAUUGGGGGUGGUGUUCGUGAACCAGCUUGUGAAAUGGGACGAAAAGCUUCAGCAGGACCUUGACAAGAUGCUUGAGAAGGCUAAAGCUGCCAACGAGCGCCGCUACCUGGAGGGAGAUGACGAUUAGUGUUUUUGGCUUUGAUGCCCUGGUGAAUCGUUCCAGCGGUGUUUGCAUUUUCCUAAAAAUCUGGGCUUGAACCGAUGUCCUGGCAUUGCUGUGUGAUCUUUAAUAUGGUUUUUCCUUGCUCUGCUUUUGUAGUU